AUGAAGUUCGCCAAGGAGUACAAGAGAUAUAUGCAGGGGAUGAAGGAGGAACUGCCCACUUUGGGGCUGAAGCGUCUCAAACAAAUGAUUAAGAAAUGCAACACUAUUCCCUAUUGCCCGCAGCUCCCCGGCGACGACACCACCAUGGUCGUCACGGGGCAUAGCCAGUGCACCGGGGCCGGCCACUGUUAUGUACGUGAUGAGAGUUUCUUUCCAUCCCUUGCCAAUGAGCUGUCAACAAUCGUUUGCUGCUUCAAUGAAAGGGUCGAAAAGUUACUUAAAUUGCAUGUAGCAUCCACGGGAUUGAGGAAGUACUUCAUGUGGUUCACAAACAGGUCUCAAAGGACUGAUGAGGCACUAGUACGGCAAGGAAAAGACCUAGUUACCUAUGCUAUUGUAAAUGCUGUAGCCAUGAGGAAAAUCACAAAGAAGUAUGACAAGAAAUGUUGCUCAAAACAAGGGCAAUCUUUCAGAACUGAAGCGCGGAGGCUGCACAUCGAGAUACUUGAAUCCCCGUGGCUGCACGAGCUCAUGGCUUUGUACAUCAACUUGAGGUGGAACAACACCGUUUCAAUGGAGCUCUUAGUGGACCUCUCCCUCACAUUCGGCGAUGAGGAUAAGCCGACGCUCUCUUGUAGCCUCUUGGAUUCCUUGCGGGUCGACAUCGACUUAACCUGUUCAAUCUGCUUGGACACAGUGUUCGAUGCAGUUUCUCUUUCAUGUGGCCACAUCUUCUGCUACCUGUGUUGCAGCGCUGCAGCCUCUGUGACAGUUGUUGAUGGACUCGAGUCUGCAGAUCCCGGAUCAAAAUGCCCGAUUUGUCGCCGGGCCGGUGUCUUUCCUAACGCUCUGCGGCUGAAUCAGCUCAACAUUCUGCUUAGAAACAGUUGCCCGGAGUACUGGGAGAAGAGGAUGCAAACCGAGCGUGUUGAGCGUGUUCGCUUGGCCAAGGAGCAUUGGGAAAGACAGUGCAGAGCCUUCACGAGCAUAUGA